AUGUCUGAUUCUGCGGGAGGUGCUGAAAAAGUUGAGGCAGUUGUGGAAAGCGCCAAGGCUGAUACUCCUGCUACUGAGGGCAUCAGUGCAAUCGAAAUAAAGGAAGAAAAUACCGAUGCGAAAACUACCCCUGGGGAGACUACCCUCGUAAAAAACCCGAGUGAGGAGAACCCCGAGAGAAAGAUCCCUCCUGCUGAAGAGCCCGUCGCUACUGCAAUUGAGGAGGUAAAAGAGGAAGACCCAGUUAUAGUGAGUCCGAAGGCUGCCCAAAUUCCUGCCGAGGCUUCUGCAGAAGUUCCCACAGCCGCUCCUGUAAAGGUUUCCGACGAGUUGCCUGAUAAGGAAGCAAGUAUCAGCGGUGCCGUAUUGACUGCUGAGAGCCCCAAAACGGAAAGCACCUCGCCCAGUACUCCCCGAAAGCCGCAAAAGGCUGCCUUCAAUAUCGACGCAAAGCCGUUCUCCCCUGUAUCCCUUAGCGAUCCGGCACUACAAGCAACUUUGGUCGGCGAAGCCAACGGGCUUUCGAUUAAAAUUGGUCAGUGGAGCCCGCAGGCAUUUGUUCCUACCGCACACCUGUCGCCAACUGCCCCCGUGAAUGUUGCCCAUAUGCCGUAUGUUGCACCUGCGGUUCCUCCAGCACCGGCGGUAAAAAAGGAGACCACAACCGGGAAGGACUCGCUGUCCGCUUACGCGAAACCAUGGAGCCCGCAUCCCGAGGUCACGGUAACUCCUUUAGUAGCCUCUGAUAACGAAGUUGCCAUUCACCCUGGCUCGUGGGCAGCUAUGACUGUUGAUGGAAAGGAAGUUAUAACCCCUUCUCCGAUGGUACCGAGGAAAUCGAGCACAAAUUUGUUUGCACACUCGUUCUCCGUUCACCCCAAAGGUCUCAAGAGUGUUGAGCUCGAGCUGUUUAGCUACACCUGUGCAAGGUGUACGCUGAGGACCUUGUACGGGCGACUCUCAUCACGCCAGCCGGAUGUAACAAUGCGAAAUGUCAGCGUGGACGUUCCGCCUCUCUGCAUUGCGCACCUUAUUGAACAGAUCGCCAAGGCGAAAGUGACAGCUUUGCACUUGAAUGAGUCGGAAGGGCCACAUUACGACAUAUGGUUAGACAAGCCGAAUCUUUCAACACAGCUUGUAGAGUAUAUAUCCGGCAGCGUGUGGGCAACACCGAUGCACCAUGGGUAUGCUGUGAUGGGGAAAAAUGAAGAAGGCAAGCGAUAUCUGCGAAACUAUGUUGAAAGGCUGAGGGAUUCGAAGCCCCCGGGGCCGAAUGUGUACGAUGUUGCGUUGGUGGAAGUGAAGGAGCAUUAG